CUUCAUCUUUUAUAAGUCCAGAUGUUUACAAGUACAUCACCAAACAGGCACUCACAACAGAAGGAAUGCCCGACUCCAAGUACAAAAAAGCUGUUAAAAAGAUAAAGCAAGCUUGUGACGAUGAAAUGUUGAGGGAGAUACUUGUCAGCGAUGAUAUGAUUGAAAUGCUAUCAGAGGCUGGAUACACUGGUGUACCACAUAAAGAGACAGUGCAUACUGUUUCCAAAAUUGCUCAGUCAAUUUGCGUAAUGGGCCACUUUUCAUCAGUUCUUCCUCAAAUUAUGCAAUUGCUUGAAGGCCUCAGCAGUUGUGGUCUUAUAAAUUAUAUGAUAGAAAAUCCAGAGUUGUGGAAGCCAUUGUUCGAUCCUUAUAACGAUUCGUUUAAACUUUCUGCUGAUACUUUCCUCAAUGAAAUUAUUCCAACAUUCAGCAGUUCGCAGAUUCACAAGGAAAAGGAGGUUGACGUGUACAAGAUAUUUUGCGACUAUGUGCAAACCCUAGAUACUGAAGGAGACGUAUCCAUAUCAGCGUUUCUGAAGUGGUUAUCGGGAUGUAAGACUAUUCCAGUUCUGGGUUUUCCAAAAAAAUUUUCCGUAACGUUUGUACAUGAUUGCAAAGAAAAUUGUAAAUGUCGCCCCACAACAUCAACAUGCGAUCUUCUGCUGAGAAUUCCAGUUCAUAUAAGUAACAUUAGUGAGAUGGAGCAGAUGACACAAAUAUAAUACGAACUAAAAAUGAAUUUAAGUUUUAUAGCGUUAAUAACUCUCAUCUGUCCAUCGUAACUUUGCUAUA